AUGGGAUUGGGUACGGGUUUAAUAGGGCCAACUAUACUCAAAUUAUGUGAACAAACAAAUUCGACACUCGAUCAACUUGGCUAUGUUGUUUUUAUACGUGCAUUUGGAUUUCUUAGUGGAACUGCAUUUGCCGGUAUAAUUGUGGAUCAUUUUGUUUUAUUAGGUCGAACAUUUUUAACAUUAACAAUUUUAAUUAUGUGUUUGGUAACAUUAAUUAUACCAUUUAUUCAAAAACUGUUUCUUCUCAUUUUUGUACAACUAAUCAGUGGUAUAGCAAGCGGUAUGGUCGAUAACCUGGCACAAAUUCUCACACUACGUCAUUAUAAUCAACAUCAAGUAGGCCGAUAUAUACAAGCUAUUCAUGGUGCAUUCGGUGUUGGAGCAUUUCUUUCACCGUUAAUUAUUGCACCGUUUCUUAAUAAACAUAGAAAACUGGAUCAAUGGCAUUAUGCCUAUUGGCUUAUUGGAUUUCUGCACAUACCUAAUCUUAUUUGGAUAUUAUUCUAUGCUAUACGUGAUGAAUAUUGUUUGAAAACCAGCACAGAAAUAAAUAUAGCACUAGAAAAUGAUAAGCCUCUAUGUGACGAUGAUAAUAACCAACAAUCAAUAAUAAUUAUUAACCCUAAUGAUUCGACAAAAUUAUCAUUGUCAUCCAAAAUACGACCAUUCCGAAUUAUCUUAAUUAUUAUUUCAAUUGGAUUUUUCCUUGUAUUACACGAUGGCAGUGAAUCAGCAUUUGGAGCCUAUUUACAUACUUAUGCGAGUCUUCAUUU